UCUAAUACACGCUUCCAAAAUUGCCCUGACCUAAUCGACGCCCUCUUCUCUCUCAAACCUCCGACACUCCGCUCCUCCACAUCGGCUCUCCAGUCUCGCAUCUCCGGCGCCACCCUCUCACACCUCCAGCGCCAUCGUUGCACAGCGGAGGUUGCUUCAGACAUUUCAGCAAACACUUGGUGUGCAAAUGUCGAAAGGGCUUAUCUGGGCAACUGCAGAUGAUCUGGCAAGAAAUAGGGGAAAGGUUCUUUCUCUGUAUAGGCAAAUACUCAGAAGCUUAAAUUCACCUGAUCUGCCAUUAAAUUUAGCAGCAAGAUUGCACAGGAAAGCACAGGCACGUGCCAUUUUCAUGUUGGCUGCUGAAGAACGAUCCAUACACAACAUUAAAGAUCUGUUUGAUAUAGCUGACUAUUCUUUAUCUCUCUUGAGAAAAGGAGAAAUCCCUAAAUAUAUUCAGUGACAAAUUUAUAAAUCAUAAUAAAAACAUAUGUAGGAAGGGGUAGUAUCGUAAUUUUGACAAGGCAUUUGGUUUCUUCUCUUAAUUGAAAACCAUCAACUUUAGUAGAAAAGUGCUAGAUUUAAGGGGUUUCUUUUUAUAAAUUUAUCAAGACAUUAAUUUAUAUGAAAUCUUCUCAACUACUCUAUAUGUAUUUUUGUGGAAUACCUGGGAAAUAAAUUUUUAUUCGUGAA